AUGUUAGUAUUGAAAAACAUGUUCCUUGACAAAAUAAAACCAACUACAGAAAUAAAUGACGCAAGACUGAAACAUUGGGUAAAAGCUUUCCCAUUCACAAAAGAUAUUGUUGGUAACAUGGAAAGAAAACCAGAAUGGCUACAAAAACAUAUAUUUGGAAACGAGCUUAUUCCAUAUGGACAAGCUCUGUUUGAAGAGCUUGAACCGGAAACUCAGGAAAGAGUCAUGCAAACAAUACGCGAAGACUCAAAUACAAACUAUGACAAAAUCUUUCUAGGAUAUAGGUUACCUGAGUUGGGCGACCAGAGCCCAAAGGCAAAAAGGACAUGGGAAAUUUACAACAUACUAGGUGAACAUGAGGCAAAGAUGCAACAACUUGAAGCAGAGGGCAAGUUACCAAAAGCGACACCAAAGAAGAAGAGUAGAACAAAGUAA